AUGAGAGACUUUAUCCGUCACGCGAUCGAUGAGUCUCGGUUAGCAGAUAAAUUGAAGGAAUCCGAUGGCUUUGAGGUGGUCGUGGGAUCUUCGGGAACCAUACGAGCUAUUGAGAAUGCUCUUUUCAGUGGCUAUGGAAGUGAUUUGUGUCAAUUCAAUCUGGAGGGGUAUAAGAGGGAUUGGAGAUUUGGUAGAAGAGAAUUGAGCAGUGUUUUAGAGAAGCUAUGCGGUGAAGGAGACGAAGAGCAGAUCCGGAGAGAAGGAUUUUUCAAGAGAAGGUCAGAGUUUAUUGUUGCUGGAGCUGUAUUGUUGGAGGAAAUAUUCAAGGCUCUGGGUAUCGAGGAAAUGGAGGUCUCAGAGUAUGCAUUAGCAGAGGGUGUGAUUGCUGAUUCUCUGGCCUUUGAGGGUUCGUAUGAUUUGAAUGCCAAUGCAAGGUGGCGAUCAGUCAUGAGGCUCGCCACCAGACUCAAUGGAUUUGAUAGGACAGUGAUUUUCCAGGAGAUCUUUGUAGGUUUGAGGAAGUGCAGUGAUUUAAGAGUCAUCUUAGACGAUAAGGAUCUUGAGUAUCUUGAAGCUGCUUGUUUCUUACACAAUAUCGGAAUCAUCACAGGGAAAAAGGGAUAUCAUAAGCAGUCUUAUCAUAUCAUCAAGAAUGGGGAUCAUCUCCAUAGCUACACUGCGGAGGAAGUCGAGCUUAUAGCAUUGCUUACGAGAUACCAAAGAAAGAAGUUUCCAAAGCUUGAUCGUGCACCUGCUAAGAACUUCACUGUGGAGACAAGGCGAAAGUUCAUAAUUAUGUGUUUGAUUAUACGAUUAUCUGUGAUACUUCAACGAAGCGAGAGAUUGGAUCUCCAACAAGUUGAAUUUCUUGAACCUUCUGAGAGCUUUAAACUUGUGCUGAAAGAACGAAACCAGGAACCCUUAGUGAAUGGUUCUCAUGAUCAAGUAAAGAAAAAGCCGGACGCAUUACUACUGGAGCAAGAAAUUGCGCAUUUCAAAAGGCUAUUCAAAAAGGAAAUAGUGGUUGUUUUUCCUUCCUGA